AAUCCGCCAUGUCAAAUCCAGACCAAACAAAAACUAGAAAAUAAAAACUCGAGCAAUCAUGAAGUUUUGUGGACAAAUUAAUCUUAGACCAACUUCUUUACUUUUGUUCUUAAUGAGAAAUGCGAUCAUCCUAUCCUUACCCGAGUUAGUUUGCAAUCCCAACCGUCAAUCAACUGACAGUCUUCACUUGUAUGUAAUUCUUCACGGCCCGCCGCUCCGCCAGCCGUACGAUGUGGCCGUGGUGGUUGCUGAGAUUGGAGUCUCCGGCAACUGAGAACCAUAACCCUGAUCCUAAUUAGGAACUUUGAUUGAAGCACUGGACCUCAAGUGAUAAUUUUUAUCUCCCCAUUUUGACCAUGGAGGUUCUCUAAUAUAUCAGAGUUUGUCUGAGGGCGGUUUUUGUGUGUUGUGGUGAUGGGAUUUUGAAGUUGUUUUCAUUUUGGAGUGUCUUGGGCUUUGAUGGGUUUUGGCUAUGGAGUCUAAGGAGCUCAAUUUGAAGAAGCACUCUGAAAAUGGUGGUAGUGGUGGUGAUGGGUUCAUUGACAGAAGCAAAGUGAGGAUCUUGUUGUGUGAUAACGACGAGCACAGUUCGGAAGAGGUUUUUGCCCUUCUGAUGAAAUGCUCUUACCAGGUCAUUUCAGUGAGGUCUCCAAGACAGGUGAUUGAUGCAUUGAAUGCUGAAGCACCUGAUAUAGAUAUCAUACUAGCCGAAGUUGACCUUCCCAUGAGAAAGGGCUUGAAAAUGUUGAAGUAUAUCACAUGGGAUAGAGAGUUAAGGCGCAUUCCUGUAAUCAUGAUGUCAGCACAAGAUGAGGUCUCUACUGUUGUUAAGUGCUUGAAGCUCGGAGCAGCAGACUAUCUCGUAAAGCCUUUACGAACUAAUGAGCUUCUAAACUUGUGGACACACGUGUGGAGAAGAAGGCGCAUGUUUUCUAGUGCUGCUGCUAUGGAGUUUCCAGUCAAUAAUGUAUCAGAAUUUCGGCCUGACGUCCCAGGAACACAUGACCACCAAACUGGAAAAUCUUCAUCUGGCCCAAAAAAGAGUAACCUAAAGAUGGGAGAGUCAUCAUCAUUCUUUACGUAUGUUAAAUCAAGCACACUUACCUGCGCUGAAGACAAUGUUGUUGAAGAAGUGAGGAUAAAAGAGAAACAUCAAGCAUUUGGUUGCCAAGUUGUGGAUGAUCCCCAAGUACACGUAAGUCGAGAGGCACAGGAAAGCUAUUCAGAAGGAGAUGACUUGCAGGGCAGUAAUAGUAGUGUCCCAGAUUCCCUUUCAUUGGAGGGGUCUUGUACCCCACUUGGAUCAAUGUUGCUUCAACAUGAAAAGAAUUUUGAGAAAGACCAAUCCUCACAGGUGCUUGUGCAUCCAAGAAAUGAACUUCAACAAGAUUUUUCUGGCUUACCUGCCCAAGCUGCCUAUCCGUAUUAUAUUCCAGGGGUUGUGAAUCAAGUUAUGAUGUCAUCAUCAACACAAGUGCAUCAAAAGAAUCCACAUGACAUGCAAAAUCAUUCUACAACCGCUAUUAUGCCACAAUACAGUCAUCUUCCGCACUGCCCUCCAGAUGUAACUGGGAUGACUCCAUUCCCCUGCUACCAGCUUAGUGUAUGCUUACAACCUGGUCAAAUUCCUAAUACUCAUCCAUGGCCAUCACUUGGAAUUUCAUCUUCCACUGAAGUGAAAUUAAAUAAGGUUGACAGAAGAGAGGCAGCGUUGAUUAAAUUUACGAAAAAAAGAAUGGAGCUUUGUUUUGAUAAAAAGAUCAGGUAUGUUAACCGAAAGCGACUUGCUGAAAGGAGACCUCGUGUGCGGGGACAAUUUGUGAGGAAGGCAAGUGGUGUAAAUCUGGAGCUUCAGUCAAGGGAGUACUCUCCGGAAGAUGGUGCUUCUGGAUGUUAAAGUCAUUCUUAUUGGACAUGAACGGGAAUUUUCUAAUUCCUAAGAUGUGAUAAUUACUUUGUAGUUGUAAAAUUUUUGUUUUGGAAGUUCCUGCAUGCAUCUUUAGAUGCUCCCUAUGUGGAUGCAUGAGAAUUUGGCUGCUCUGUCUAAUUGGAGUAUCCUAUGAGCAUCAUCAUACCAGUUGAAAAAUAUUGGUUGAGGGUGCAAGCUUCUCGUUCUAAUUUCAAUCAUAUAAAAAAUCAGAUCAUUGUCUUCAUCUUGUUCAGGAUCACAAAAGCCCGAAAGAGAAAUGAUAUAGAGCUCGUCAAUCAACUAUUCCACCGCAAAUUGUGUUUGCUAGGAUUGGAAGCAUUCAUCGUUGGUUCGUUGCCAUGUUCAAAAUCCAAAUGGGAAAUAGGUUAGUCUUCCAAAUUCUUAGUGAAGAAUGUUUUACUUUCUAAGUAAUGUCUCAAAAGGAGAAGUUUUGAAUAAUGUCUCAAGGGAGAAAUUCUGAAUAAUAUCUCAAAGGAGAAGUUUGUUUU